AUGAACAGUAAUGUGAUAUUGGCACUUAUUUGUAUUUAUGGAGUUUUGAAAGAGUUUCGACCGGCUACGCCAUUUUUGACCGCAUUUUUGGUCUCGAAUGACAAGGGAUUCACAAAUGAACAGAUUUACAAACAGAUGUACCCCUUUUGGACAUAUUCUUAUUUGGUCGUUUUGGUAGGUAUUGUUUGCACGGUGCAAAGAGAGAAAUAGGGGUUUCACGGUGUAAACAGAAGAAAUAAUAGUUGCCCGGUGCAAAAAGAGAAAUAGAAGUUGCACGGUGCAAAAAGAAGUAACAAUGGUUGCACGAUGCAAAACAAAGUAAUAAUGAUUGCACGGUGCAAAAGAGAGAAAUAGAAGCUGGACGGUGCAAAAGAAAGUAGUAAGGGUUGCACGGUGCAAAAGAAGGUAAUAAUGGUUGCACGGUGCAAAAGGGAGAAAUAGGGGCUGCACGGUGCAAGAGAGAAAUAGAAGCUGCACGGUGCAAAAGAAAGUAGUAAGGGUUGCACGGUGCAAAAAGAAGUAAUAAUGGUUGCACGGUGCAAAAAAAUCGGGCCCUCUUCUUGUUUUGCACGGCUGAAUCACGUGAAAAACAUGAGAGCGCGCAAACUGUUUUGCACUGUGCAGUUGGAUUUCCAUUUAUUUUGCACUGUGCAGCCCACUUUCUAUUGAUUUUGCACGGUGCAGUCAACUUUCUAUUUAUUUUGCACGGUGCAUUCCGCUUUUUACUUUGGUAGUAAUUUUAACAUAUAAAAAUUGGUUUUUUAACUUAAUUUUAGCCAAAACUUACAAUAUUGUCAGAUUCCAGUGUUUGCCCUAACCGACCGGUUGAGAUACAAACCAGUUGUGGUGUUGGAAGCGCUGUCUUUAACGACAACAUGGGUAUUACUUUGCUUUGGUCGUACUGUACUUCAGAUGCAGAUAAUGCAAAUUGUUUUUGGUGAGCUAGUUUUGUAAAGAAAGUUCUUGCAGUUUUUAAAAAUAUCUUUUGUAAAGAAAGUUAUUGCGGUUUUUCGUAAAAAUAUGUUUUGUAAAGAAAGUUAUUGCGGUUUUUUUUUAUAAAAUACGUUUUGUAAAAAAAGUUAUUGCAGUAUUUUGAUAAAAUACGUUUUGUAAAGAAAGUUCUUGCGGUUUUUCAUAAAAAUAUGACUUGUAAACAAAGUUCUUGUGGUUUUCCGUAAAAAUUAUGUUUUGUAAAGAAAGUUCUUGCAGUUUUUAAGUUUUGAUCUUUCAGGAAUCGCCUCAGGGUCUAGAAUCGCCUACUUUUCGUAUAUUUAUGCAGUUGUGGACAAAAGUCAGUAUAAAAAGGCAACGUCCUACAUCAGAAGUUCGGCUUUGAUUGGAAAGUUCUUGGCCUUUCUUACUGCUCAAAUAUUGAUAUCGACCAGUGUGGCAGAUUAUUUGAUUUUGAAUUAUGUGAGUUUUUAAAAUUGCAGUUUUGACUAUUUUUUGAAAUUUAAAAUAAAUUUUGGCUUCCACUCAUCUUAUACUAACCUUGAACUCUCUUCUCACCCCUCUGCCCUCUUCAUUUUACUCUGUCUAACCCUAGCUGCACCUUAUUUUUUCCAACAGUAAAGGUUUUGCACCGUGCAGGUUAAGUUAAAAGCGUUUGCACAGUGCAGAUUCUAUUGAAAGCGUUUGCACGGUGCAAAAUGAACGAAUUUUGACUGCACUGUGCAAAACAAUAUUUAAAAUUUUGCACGGUGCAAGUAUGCAAAUGUAACCUUUUAAAAAACUUCAAGAACUUUCUUUCCAAAGCCUAAUCUUUUAAAAAACUGCAGGAACUUUGUUUCCAGACCACAAAAAAGCCAAUUCUAAUACACCAAGGUCAAAAAUUUUGACAAUUUUAAAUAUUUUAGGUAACAUUAUCCACAGUGUCUCUGGCGCUCUUACUUACCUUAUUUUUGCCAUCUGUAGACCACCCGAAGAUGGCGAAUCGAAUCUCGGCUGAAGAUGAAGGCCAACAACAAAGUAGUGGUAUGCUGACAGAGACGUCAGAACUACAACAAAAAAGCCGUCAUGAUGACAGGAAUAUCAUCAAAGUAAGGUUUUUUUGGGGUUUGCAAAAACUUUCUUUACAAAUUUUUUUUUGCAGAAACUUUCUUUACAAAUUUUUUUUGCAGAAACUUUCUUUACAAAAAUUGUCUUUAUCUAUUUUGUCUCAAGAGGGCUCAAAAUUAAUUGAACGGCCUAAUGAUUUAUGCCAUUUCAGUACAUCUGCUCGAAUCCGACAGUACUAACCUGGUCGAUUUGGUGGGCAUUUGCCUCUUGUGGAGCCUUUCAAGUGGCCAAUUACAUCCAAUCCUUGUGGGUACCAAUGCAAAAAGAAGGGCAAUUUGUUGCCAAUGGGGUUGUCGAAUGUUUGAAUACACUUUUAUGUAGGUUUUGGAAAGAAAGUUCUUGCCAUUUUUUGAUUUAUAAAGAAAUUUCUUGCAAUUUCUCGCUUUGUAAACAAAGUUCUUGUGGUUUUAAAAAAAUUAACUUUUGGAAACAAAGUUUUUGCAUUUUUAAAAUUAAAAAACUUUGUGUUUUGCAGCCUGCGAGGGACAAGUUAUACGACGGAUGAUUUUUUUGGGUUUUGUAAAGAAAGUUUUUGCAAUUCAAAAAAAACUGUUUUGUAAAGAAAGUUCUUGCCAUUUUUGUUUUGUAAAGAAAGUUCUUGCCAUUUUUUGUUUUGUAAAGAAAGUUCUUGCCAUUUUUAUUAAAAAACCUUUACUUUAGGUACCUUACUGACAUUUUCAUUGCAAUACACAAAGUUCAACUGGACUAAAUAUUCCAAACUGGUCUUCCUAACCUCGUCCUUUACAUCAACAUUACUCCUCUAUGGAAUGGCCUCAUCUACCCGAAUAUGGACGUCGUAUCUCCUGUACAUAGUCAACUCCUCCAUAUACCAAAUGCUAAUGACAGCCGCCAGCAACACCAUCGCUAGCCACAUACCAAGCCAAAAGUUUAGUCAAAUUUUUGGCUUCAAUACCUUUUUGGCGCUCUUACUACAGUCAAUAUUGACGUAUGUUGUGAAUACGGUCAUGGACAUGGAGAUACGAGCACAAUUCUACGUUUACAGUACCUACUUUGCUUGUGUUUUCAUUGGUUUCGGCACUUACUGUACUGUAGACAAAGUUUUUGAGGUUUUGAGAAAAUAA